CACAUGCUCAUAUAACCUAGGGCUCUUUCCCUUGUUGGGGUAUUUCCACUGACUUAUACAGAGACCGCUUCUCUCAGGAAACAAGCAAGCAAGAAAACAUGGCUGUGAACAGAGAGUGGACAGAAUAUGAAAACUCCAGAGGCCAUGAUGUAACGUGCUGUGAGGGUGAGCAUGUGAGUUUAUCAGAGCUGAAAGCCGACCCUGGAGUGGACACUCACUACCUGAGGAAGAAAAACAUCCCGCCUUAUCCAAAAUCCGUGCUCUUCCGUGUAUCUGAAGUGUGCCAUGUGACUGGGGAGAGUGGCGUUCGGGGUAUCUUUGAUGACGGCGGCUUCCAGAUUCCAUACCAUGAUGAAUAUGAAAAUGACUUCCUGUGGUGGAGUCUAUCAGUGACUGAGGAAGACAUUGCUGAUGCUGAAGAGAAUUUCCUGGAGGAGUUAGACAUGGUGCCGGAUGACCAGCAGCCUUUCUUGGAGAAGUUCACCACCUCACCGGCAUUCCAGAACAAGUCUCGCUACGGCAACUUCCGCUUUGUCUUUCCUCUAAGAGAGCUCCUGUCUCUGUAUGCCAGGCAAUUUUGUUACAAUUCUGCUCCAGUUCUUCGUGUGUUGGACACCAAGAUCUACAAAACAGAGAUUAUGUACUCUGUGUUGGUGCAUCCACGGCACAUUAAGCGCUAUAGCCAAUACCCACGCCUGCCCUGUGGUGAUGACGACGUGUGUGGGUACUUCCAGGGCAACAUGUCAUGGCGCUGUCAGGCUCCAUCAGAAAGUCAUGGCCACAGGCUAGUGGUGGACGAAGACGAGUCCACAGUGCAUGCAAGGUCACUUAAGGGUAAGGAGUAUUAUGUGUGGGAUCAUGUGGCUGUAGCCUUCCACAUGGAGCCAGACUGGAUUCUGGACGUGGAUCGGGAGCGACUGUAUAGAAGUGUGAGCACAUGUGAGGUCACUGAAUGGAAUCUCCUGAGGGAGCCAGACUAUGGCCUUGAUGAGUAUGAAGCUUAUGAAAUACUAGAAAACUUGGCUCUAGAGUAUAGUUUAGGCUUCUGAUACUACUAUUGAUCAGGGGUGUUAAAAUCCUAUUCCUGGCAAUUUGGUGACUGCAAACAUUUUUUAGAAUCCCAACCAAACACUUCCAACCCAUGUAAUCCAGGCGAUGAGACCAGGGUAGUUACUCAAAAAGUAAUCCAUUAAAAAUGUCCCUGACUUUUCUCUGAACAAGACACAGACAUUAUGCUAUCUGAAAACCUAAAAACUGGUCAAAAGAAACAUAAUUCAGUAGUUGAGAUGUAAACAAAGUCAUUCAGAGUGAUCUUAUGUGAAAUUGUAGAGAAACUUACAAACUCAUAUUUCUUUACAGUGGUGGUGAUAGGAACCAGGGGUCGCUAUGUGUACGACACACAUACAGCCAUUUUAUUUACCAUCCAAAACCACCAGUGAACCUACACGUGUCUUCUGAGUUUUUAUAUGUAAUGUUGAUGAGGGUAAAACAGUGGUAAAUUCAAAAACAUAUGUUUUAUUUGGGGACUAUUUUUCCGUUCUACAUCCUGUAUGUACGCCUCUGCCAUUUAGGCCAAAAAUAUUGUAAAACAAUAUCUCAGACAUAAGAUGGCUUAUUUGUGUUCCUGUGAGGGAACUUUUACAGGUGUUAAACUCUUCAGAUGUCUCUUCAGGCCGUUCUUAUAACCAACACUGUGAAUAAUUCUGACACAGUAAGUUUCUCCACAGUGAAGCAUUUUGCAGCAAACCACUCUGAAUGAUUUUGAUUGGGUCUGGCCUGAUUUGGUGAGGUGGGAUAGGUGAGGUGGGAUCUCUCUCUUCUUCAGCUCUUUUUAUAAAUCUUCAUCCUUCAGAUUUAUAUUCACAGGUGCUUUGGCAGAUUUUUUGUUCUUUUUAUGUAACGCUUUUAUAGAUGGAUCUUUGAAUUUGCAGCACUUCCCACACUCACAGUGCACUGCUCAUGCUCACAAAGUUGCACAUAUUUCACACAAGGACUAGCACAGAUAAUCUAUAUAGAGGAAAUUUCUGUUUUAAAUGCAUCACAUAGAAUUAAUAUUGCUCUGUAAGAGACAAAUGAGUGAUGCACACAUUCACCCAUCCUGAAUGAUGGUGGAUUUAAGAAACCAGGAGAUGACAUCACCUCCACCCAAAGUCUGAGUCAGGGGGUGACACUGCAGAUGCUGAGAGGCCAAAAGAGUUUCCUUGGUAAUGAUAAAGAUUAUAACUGUAAACUGUUCCUGCGCAAGUUCACCUCCUCACCAGCCUUCAGGAAGUCCUCUAGGUUGAGGAACUUUCAUUUCACCUUCUCCAUGAGGGAACUGCUGGCCAGCUACAGCACCCAGUUGUGCAUGGGGCAAGCACCUCAGAUGUGCAUCUAUGAGACGGUCAUCUACAAGCAGGAGGUCAUGAAUGCCUUAGUGGUCCAUGGUCCAGAUGCCAAAAGAGAGUUCAAGAGAUGAGCUAUUAGUAAAGCGAAAGCUCUGCUUAUGUACGGCAUAGCUGCGGCCAACAGCUGAGAAUAAAGCACCACAUCUUGUGCUAAAGCUGUGUCUCUUUUAAUAGUGGAGAACUGUACAAUACUUUAAGCUUUGUUUGAAGACUGGA